CCCCCGCCCCCAAAGCCCGCGGCGGCGGCGGAGAAGCGGGGACUAAGUGCUCUAGCUGCUUGCUGCCGCCGCGGCUUAGAGGAGAGCCGGAGGGGAGAGGGCGUAGCGGUCCGAACGCAGCUGUGCCGCGUACGGGACGGGACGAGUGACAGAGUGAGCGGCGCGGAGCCUGCCUCUCACGCGCCAGGAGCAGCUCGGGGCCGGGCGUAGGACCCCGGACGGGCGGGCGGGUGGGUGGAGGGCGCCGGGGCCAUGGCGCUGCGCGCCCGGGCGCUGUACGACUUCAGGUCGGAGAACCCGGGCGAGAUCUCUCUGCGCGAGCACGAGGUGCUGAGCCUGUGCAGCGAGCAGGACAUCGAGGGCUGGCUGGAGGGGGUCAACAGCCGCGGCGACCGCGGGCUCUUCCCGGCCUCCUAUGUGCAGGUGAUCCGCGCCCCAGAGCCCCCGAGCGCGCCCAGCGGCGACAGCCACGGCCCGGCGGCCCGCUACGCCAACGUGCCACCGGGUGGCUUCGAGCCGCUGCCCCCGCCCGCCGCCGGCGCGUCCUCAGUCGCCGCAGCCCCACUGGCGCUGUCCCUGGCGAGUUCCUUCAAGCCGCUGCCCUCCGACAGCUUCCAGUCUGGGCAGCCGCCGCCCCCGGCCGCCGCGGGCUUCCCGUACGGCGCGGCCAGCGGGGCCCUGCAGCCCUCCUCGGCGCAACCGCUCUACGGCAGCAGCUACCAGCCUAGCCAAGGCAGCGACGACGACUGGGACGACGAGUGGGACGACAGCUCGACUGUGGCAGACGAGCCCGGGGUGCUGGGCAGCGGCUCCUACCCGGACUACGACGGCUCCUCCUCCGGGGGUGGUGGCGGCUGCGCGCCCGGGCGCUAUCGCCUGUCCACGCGCUCUGACCUGUCCCUGGGUUCCCGCGGGGGCCCGACCCACGCGCAUCCCCAGCACCACCCCCCGCCGUCGGGGGCCAAAAGUUCUGCCACGGUGAGCCGCAACCUGAACCGCUUCUCCACCUUUGUCAAAUCGGGCGGCGAGGCCUUCGUGCUGGGGGAGGCCUCGGGCUUCGUCAAGGACGGGGACAAGCUGUGCGUGGUGCUGGGGCCCUACGGCCCCGAGUGGCAGGAGAACCCCUACCCCUUCCAGUGCACCAUCGACGACCCCACCAAGCAGACCAAGUUCAAGGGCAUGAAAAGCUACAUCUCGUACAAGCUGGUGCCCACCCACACCCAGGUGCCCGUGCACCGGCGCUACAAGCACUUCGACUGGCUCUAUGCUCGCCUGGCCGAGAAGUUCCCCGUCAUCUCAGUGCCCCACCUGCCCGAGAAGCAGGCCACCGGCCGCUUCGAGGAGGACUUUAUUUCCAAGCGCAGGAAGGGACUCAUUUGGUGGAUGAACCACAUGGCCAGCCAUCCCGUGCUAGCCCAGUGCGAUGUCUUCCAGCACUUCUUGACCUGCAGCAGCAGCACCGAUGAGAAGGCCUGGAAGCAGGGCAAGAGGAAAGCGGAGAAGGACGAGAUGGUGGGAGCCAACUUCUUUUUGACGCUGAGCACCCCUUCGGCGGCCGCGCUGGACCUGCAGGAAGUGGAAAGCAAGAUCGAUGGCUUCAAGAGCUUCACCAAGAAGAUGGACGACAGCGCCCUGCAGCUCAACCACACAGCCAACGAAUUUGCCAGGAAGCAGGUGACGGGCUUCAAGAAGGAGUAUCAGAAGGUGGGACAGUCCUUCCGGGGGCUCAGCCAAGCUUUCGAACUGGACCAACAGGCCUUCUCCGUGGGCCUGAACCAGGCCAUUGCCUUCACCGGAGAUGCCUACGACGCCAUUGGAGAGCUCUUUGCGGAGCAGCCUCGGCAGGACUUGGACCCAGUGAUGGAUUUGUUAGCUCUGUAUCAGGGACAUCUGGCCAACUUUCCAGACAUCAUUCAUGUUCAGAAAGGACUGGAAGAGUGCUUAUUUCCUGGCAGAAGUUCCAUGAGAGGAUGGAGAAGAGGAAGCAGGAUUGGAGCACUAGCACAUAAGUCAUGGAAAAGGGAAGAAUCAGGAUGGUGAUGAUAUAUGGGUGUACCAGAAUAUAUGCUUUCUUUUCUCCCAUUUUCUGUUGAUAUUUUGGUUCUUUUUCCACAAUAGCCAUUCCUUUUGGGGUCAUCUAGAAGGAGAUAGGAGAAUGAACAGGGACCAUGUGGUCGGCUACCAUUGGAUGUUAGCUAUUGCUCUUAAGGCAAUCUAGAUGCCUAGGAUUAAUGACCAAUGAAGCUGAGGAAAGGGCUACAAACAGCAUGUCAGAGAACUGGUAGAGAACUUGACUGACAGCUGCCAUGUCAUGUGAUUGGUAAGAAAGCUGUAAGAUUCUCUAUUUUCUCUCACAUCCCUCCUACAGAAUCAACUCUAGGUAGAUCCUAGACAUGCAAGCUCUUCCUUUGAUCUUCUCUGUCAUCCUUGGGAAGUGGGAUGAAUAAUGAAGAAUUGUCCCUCUGACAUCCCAAGAGGGAAAGCUGGAAGGAAGCUCUGGGAGAUAGUGAGAUUGGCCACUUCAUGAAAAGAGUGACUAACAUUUUUUUUUGCAGUUUUGCUAUGUUUAAUAGAUCAUGUGCUUUAAUAAUCUAAAAAUAGAGGAAUGUGACUGAGAAGAGGAGGUCCCAGAAGCAGGGAUGUGGGUGACAAGUCAAAUAAGUUGUUUUAGUUUCUCAGUAAUUAGUAGGGAGUAAUAUUUCAUAUUCAUACCUUUGCCUAGAUCUAGGUCAGGGAGGAGUUCUUUCAUUAAUCAGGUGACAACUUGCUUUUUCAUAGGUUUUAAUACCUGAGCAAGAUGUGGGCUAAUAUUCCAACACCUCUAGUGUCUCCUGGGAAAACCAACCAAGUACAUAUUCAGUUUGCACUCAACAUCAUAUCUCACAUAACAUCAUCCCAGUUUGGCAUCUCUUGCUUAGCUCUACAGGUUUGGGGAUUCAGUUUGAUUUGAUUGUAGAUUUCAAAAGGACCUUAGAAAUCAUUCAGUCUAAUCACCACACUUCACAGAAGAGGAAACUGAUGCCUAGAGAGAGAGAGGUUUUCCUUCUAUCAACUAUUUCCUAUUUAUCCUAUAUGUAACUUGUUGGUACAUAUUGAUUUAUCUGUUGUGUCCUACAUUCGAUUAUGAUGUCCUCAGAGGUAUUUCUUCAUAACCCCAACACAUAGCCUAGUACAUAGAUCAGUUGUUGUUCAGCCAUUUUCAAUCAGGUCCAGCUCUUGGUGACCCCAUUUCAAUAGGGCUUUUCUUGGCAAAGAUACUCGAGUGCUUUGCCUUUUCUUUCUCCAACUUAUUUUUACAGAUGAGGAACUGAAGCCAACAGGGUUAUGUGUGUGACUUGUCCAAGGUCACACAACUAGUAAGUAUCUGAAGCUAGAUUUGAACUUUGGAAGAUAAGUCUUCCUGACUCCUGGUUGGGUACUCUCUUCGGUACAUAGUAGGUGCUUCUGGACUGAAUGACUGGCUAUGCAAGAAGACUCCUUUGUGAUGGCAAUAUGUCCCAGAGGCAGGAAUGUGGGAUUCAGCCCCCUUCUAUAUUCUAGAUGUUUCAUGCCAAUGUUUUUCCAGGUGCCAGCUGUGCUGGUGAUGAGGCAGGAGGCAGUGAGCAGAAUGAGCGAAACAGACACAUUGUCUAGAAUGUCAUCUCAGAAGUAACUGGAUGAAAACUGUGAUGCCACAGAAAAUAUUUGUGAUGGGAGCCAGAUCACAUAGGGAAAAGUGGGCCAGGGAGCUCAGAGAAAGCCUCCAGAGAAUCGCCAUUAUCCUUAAAGUACUUUUAAAUUUAAAAACAACAGCGAUGGAGGUUGGUGGAUGUGUCAGUGGGUUAGGUGCCUUUCCCGUCUCCGGGAUUAGUCCUGUUGCUAAGGCACCAAUUAGGUGUAUGAGAAAUAGUUGUCAGCAACCGCCAGCUGGGCAGUGGCCAGAGAGCUCUUCAUCACUUGUCUAAUAAACAAGUGGAACUCCUGCACUAGCACUGUCUAUUCUACCAAGCUUUAAGAGCCCCGAACUGUUAAGGAUGGGGAAAGAGUUGGAAGAAGUACUGGGGAAUGCUGGCUCGGGACUUCCGAGCAGCCCGCCCUGGUCAAACUGCCCAGGAUUCACAAUUGUGGACGGGGGCUAAUGUUGCAAAUAGAAGACAGGAAACUGCCUUGUCCCUGUUUCCAGUCCAUCUCCCAGCAGGGAGGGCCGCCUGAGGAUAAGUAAGAAGUAGAAGGGAGGUAGUUUGGAUUACUGGGGACGUAGCGAGGUGUUGCCUCCAGCAGAGCACAAUUUUGGAGCCAGCUCUCCGCAGGCAGGGGAAGUCUUCGGAGGGGACCCGCCGAGUGACUUCUGGGAAAUGUAGUCCAUCAGUUUUUCUUCCCAUUUUGAGAGAGAAUGAGGUUCCCGAGAGUUGGGGGUCACGGAAGCUGCAGUAGCAUGAAUGGAGAGUCUGGACGUCAGCGUUGGGGUUGAUAAACACGGGACUUAAAUGGAGGUUGAGAGAGGGCAGAGAAGGAAUGGAAACUGGUUCCAGGGUGCAGAGAUCAACUAUGUCACGAGACCUGGUCCCUUUAGCCAAUGGCACCGUCUGCUAGGACCUUCCUGGGAUGACUGAACUGAUGUGAUGUGCUUUAUUUAGUGUCCCAACCCAACCCAUUCCCACCUCCUCAUUCCUCUGCCCAAGAAAAUAGAUUUACUACAAGACUUCUUUGUUAAGUCGGUCAAUAAUUCCUGAUUUAGUCAUUUUAGAUAAAAAUCUGAUAAAUUCUAAUUGCUUCUGAGUGUAUGUCCCAAUUCACAGAUUGGAGUUGCUGUGGAAGAGAGAGCCAAUGAGUGGUUUGUUUCACUCUGAAAUAAAAAUAUGGACAGACCUCAGUCCAGAGGGUCAAGCUUUUUUCCUGGCUGGGGCCUUGAGCCACGUGAAAAAAAAUGUCAAUGGCUGUUGAUGCAUCCUUAAUACUAUUAGCUUCCCAAUAGCAGCGAAAGAGUAAACCAUGUAAAUCUGGACCAUUAACCGUAGGCAAUAUUGGAACUAUGACUAAGUGCUAGAGGGAGGCUUGAUCAGAAGAGGAAGGAACAUUCAUCUCAGAUGCAACAUCAGUCAGUAAGUAUUCAUUAAGUUGUUACUAUGUGCCAGGCAGUGUGAGAUAUACUAGAGUUAUAAACAUAGUGCAAGCAAAAAGAAAGACAGUAUCUACCCUAGAGGAGAUUCCGUUGUUUUUAAUUUAAUUUAAUUUUUACACAAUACUGCAUGUUGAUUCCAAGGCAGAAGAACAAGAAGGGCCAGGCAUGGAUGUUGUGCGCCCCAAUCCCCAAAUGAUUGAAGGGUUUCAGACCAAACUAUAAGAAGGAAAAUUCCUUUGCUUCCUUCUGACUACUAACCUCAACACAUCUUAUAACUCUGGUUAAGACCCUGCUACGUCAAGAGGAUUAUACUCCUUGGAUCAUCCUUUAGGUUUUGAGAUGGACAUAGAGAUACACCUCCAGGCUAUGCCUUGAUACCAGAUCGGA